UCUGUGCCGAUCCGCGGCGUUGUUGUCAUGUGAUUUAAGGGUUCCGUAAAUCACGCUUCUUGUCUAAUUUUGUCUCGCUCGAGAUUCCCGGCAUAGUUGCCAACUCAAUGGAAUUACUUCUUCGUGUCAAGUGCUCCUAUGUGGCCGAAAAAAGAGAAGUACAUUUUGCACAUGAUCGCGCCACUUCGAUCGCUGGCAGCUGCACAUUUGCAACUGUAUCUGCAACUGCAUCUUCAUCUGCAUCUGCAGCGCACAGCGGAUCUGCAUCCGAAUCUGCCAUUUCAUGUUAACUCGCUUACCAUGCCUUUGGCCGGGGAUCCUCAGUCGAGCAUAACACUGGCAGACCCCAUUGAGUUGUCUCCGCCACUUACGAAAAAGGCUCUGCCACAUGGUAUCUCAAGUUGUCUGGAGCUGUCGAUUUGCAUGCCGAAACUAGUUUGGCCAAGAAGUCAACCUCAAAUGACACAAUGCCGUCCCCCACGAAGAGCUGUAAAUUUGUGAUUAUUACUGGCCACCGGGAAAAGCGUAUUUGGAACAUCCAUGGCUAAAGCGCCGCCACCUGACACACCCCCGUGGUUUGGCAGGUAAUUGUGUGUUCAGUUCGCUGUCCAUUUGGCUGACA